CUGGACAUUCCGGCGCGAGCUACGAAUAUAUAGUUCUACAAGUGAGGUGACUAUCUAGUCGCAAGUCGCUCCGACGUUCUGUCAAGCAUGCAAAAAAUGACGCACUGUUCUAUGUCGGAAAUAAGUGAACAAGGUUUGUGCACUUCUUCAAUAGAGACUACGCAGAUGAUGUCUUUCACUGAUGAACGUUUUAGCCAAAAUGCCAAUGUGUGCAAAAUCGAAUAUACUCACUUUGGUGAAUUUUAUGUUUGCACAUUGUGUAACGUAAAGUGCACUGGAAGGAAACCCUUUCUACAGCAUAUAUAUGGAUCAGUUCACAAAAGGAACUCCAAUUCAAACACAUUUUUCGGAAAUGAAUGCAACGCGAACUUGAACUCUCUUGAGCAGUACGUCCCACAUUGCAAUGGAUUGGGACAUGAACGGAACGUACUUCCAUCCUCUGAACGUUUGACUUCUGGACAAGGUUGCACCCAGCAAGGAUCUGUUGGAGACAAUGACGCUUCCUACUUUUGUACACCUUGUAGUCUUCAGUGUUCUUCUAAGAAACAACUGGAUUGUCACUUGUUAGGUAGGAAACAUGUAAGACGGUGCAGCAGACAAACAGCGUAUUCGCCUGUUCAGCGGUCGGACAACGUUGUGUUGCAAUCACAAUCGAAUCAGCUUGUUGACCUAGUGCAAGAUUUUUCACAAAUGCAUACUUCGAUGGAGUCAGCAGUUGGAAAUUCGAACAACUCAACUAAUGCAGAAAUGGUUCCCUUUAUUAGAAAGAUCACAGAACUUGAGUCGAGACUCAUAUCAACGACUGGUGUUUCUCUGGUGUUUUCAUCACUGUCAUUUUGCUCACUUCCUCCAUGUCAGCAACAAAUGGACACAGAUGACGCAGUCAGAGCAUCUCUUCAACAAAGCACUUGUGACUCAUAUGAAAGCGAACACUUUUGUAGACACACUGCUUGUGUCUUAGUGCGAUCAUUGCAGAUCUUAUUUACACUAGACAAACAACAAUUGUAUGUUCUUGAGUAAUAAUAAAUGACAACCGAAUAAGGUUGCAAGUCCAUGAUCAUGUGCACGUUGGCGUACUGCUCUGUAGGUUAACAUCUGUGUGAAAUUUGACUAUAUCAGGCUGGCAAAGUUGACUAAACAGAGCAUAUUUCGGUUUCAUGAAUCACUGGUAGAUAAAUAAAUCCUUGCAUAUAUCCACACGAUGGUUAAAUGAGAAAUCGGGGUGGGUUUCUUUGUGGGAAACUGGGAGGAUUUCUUCGAGUGCUUCUCGCGUUUUGAAUUUUUGGAGGAAGCAUCUCUUCUCUAAUGAUGACAAACUUACUAGAGAGAAUUAUGCAUGCAUCACCGAAAGAGAAGCAUUUCUUACACGAAACGUUUUGUUAUAUACAACGAAGCAUAUGUUUCAACACGGUAGAUCAUAGUUUUGUACCGUUUUUAAUGAUCCUGUUUCACAUGCUUCAAUAUUCAAAAUGCAAAGCAUAUUUGUGACCGUGUUUAGAGUUAGUCGUUUUCCUAUUUCGUCUUCUGCUCUGAUAUGUUAUUAAAAUGAGUUGGGAAGCAAAAGUUCAUUCUGAGUUGUUUUGUUUUGGAUUGUUGUGUAUCUCGAGAAAGUUGUAAUCAACAUGAGUACGAUGGACAUUUCAUAUAGUUUACCUAAAAGUACAAAUGUCUGCUACCAAGGUGAAAUAUCGUAUUCUGCUUUGCAAUAAGAUGAAUUAUUGUAUUGGUAAAUGUUUGUUGGUGGACAUUUUAGGUUUUGCGUGAAACAGGCUUAAUGUCGAAGCCACGUGUAUGUUAUACAAAUGGCACUAAAUACGCGCCACUUCACCUUUCUAACGAUUGUCAGGCUGUUGUGAAAGCAUUGUGCUUAUUCACUAGGAAUUCAACUAGUCAAUUUUAAAACAGCAGUAAACUUGUGUUAACUAUUGUCAUCUGAGGUUCUGAAGUCAAACAAGUUUUUUUCGAACGCUAAAUUAAGCUAAAUGGUAUGCUUUUCAUUGCAGACUCCAUCUAACGAGACAUGUUUGUGCCCUAUAGAUAUGAACUAUAGCACAGAACUUAACUAUCGAUUCUCAUUCCACGAAUAGCCCGAGACUGAACACUUCUGGUCAGGUUUGGGACAGGAUAAGGCAGUGGUGCAUCCCCACUGUUUCUAGUGAUUUCCAAGUUGUUGCCUAUGUCAUUCGAUCUGGAUUUCCCUAUUUUACUACAGAGCACGUAAUUUGAAGGUCGUCCAAUGCCUAACUUAGGAGUGAGACAACAUCUUCAUCGAUGAAUACUUUCUUUUGGGAAGGCAAGUAAUCACUUUCAAAUUUCGUAUAUUUCUUCAUCAUGUAGCCUAUCCAUACUUCGGUUUGUAUAUGCACAAUCAAUACUUCACUACUCAUGUUGUUUUUCCUUUGGAGUUUGACAACCUAAGCAACUGUUCAAUGUGUAGGGUUACCUAAUCACAUAGACCUAGUUCCAACCACUGAGUUACGCCUUCGGCUUGUGUCCUACCUAGCAACUUGUGGACAGUCAGGUUAUACUUCUACAGUUACGCACUAAGUGGGGUCGAAAGUUUGAAGGUAAUUUGUGAGUUGUAGUGUUGUGUGGUGUCUUUAUUUCUCUCCUCUUAUGGGUAUUUGUUAAAGUAGUAGAUAAAGGCGUAAGUGGUGAAAAAGGAUAAAUGCCGAUUCUCUGAAACCAAGUAAAAAGGUGUUUCCCUCUGUCCAUUGUGAUAGAUUCUGCAUCAAUCAUCAGGGAUCUAUGAGUAGACGUUCUUUGCAAUUUGUGGAAUUAUGGUGUGAAGUGUUGGUGGUGGUUGCAGACUUUUGAGCUCAAUGGUUUUUAUUUAUCAGUGGAAUUAUUUUUAAACUUUAGAGUAGAAUUCUUCUUGGACAGAACCGUAGUUCGCUGACUAAUUCACUAACAAAUUAGCGAGAAUGUGUGCGCAUGACUUCGGUCCACGGAAUGUAAAGAACGAAGUGUUUGAUUCUGGUAAAUACCCACAGUGAUACAUGUCAGUACACGCGUCUUGUAUUUUCCCUUAUUUCUCCAAGAUAAUGCGCCGAUGAUUUUGGGCACUCUCAAUGCGGCAUAUCAUCGAUCCGAGUAUUUUGUUCACAUCCAUCUUUUG